UUGUCAGGAAGAUGGGGGCUGGGGACAGGGCUGCUACUGACCACAAGCGAGGCCCUUUUGCAAUACAGGAAAAGAAUAAGCCAGAUUAAUAACGGAAGUGCUGGUCACUCUGGAGGAGGGCAGGUUUGGGGACGGUUACCACCUCCCUCAGUGCCCUGAGGAGCCUGGUCCCGGCUCUCUGGGUGUCCUGUACCUGUGACUCCCAGAAACCCCCUCCAUUGGGCCUCCUUCAUAGAGUCCCCUAUAGGGCCCCCGCUCCAGCCUUGAGCACACUCCUUGUCUUCUCAUCCCCUGGAGGAGAGCAGGGCCAUGGGUUGGCCUCUGCUGCCAUCCCUGCUGCUGCUGCUGCUGCUGUUGCCGCUGCCAACAUUUCUUCAAGCUGGUGGCUCAGCAGGAUACAAUACCCGCUCUGGCUUUUGGAUCAACCAGCCUCAACACCUCUCUGCCCCCAUCGGAGGCUCCAUCCAAAUCCCCUUCUCCUUCUAUCAUCCCUGGGUCUUAGCCAAAGAUCCCAACGUGAGUAUAUCCUGGAGACGGGGACAUUUCCACGGGGAGUUCUUCUACCACACAACCCCGCCUUUCACCCAUGAGGAUUACAAGAACCGGCUCUUCCUGAACUGGACAAAGGAUCAGAAGUCCGGCUUCCUCAGGAUCUGGAACCUGCGGGAAGGCGACCAGUCUGUGUACUUCUGCCGAGUCUAUCUGACCACAUGGGACAGAGACAGGAAGGUGUUUCAGUCCAUCCAGGGGACCAACCUCACUGUCACCCUUGCUGACAAGACCAACCAGAGACCCACCAGUGAGUUCACCGCAACUGCCACACCCCGCAUCAGGGUCACAGACGGCAAACAGGCCCUGAGUCUGGAGACUGUAGUCCUGGUGGUAGUGGCCACUGCUGUGUUCAAAACUGUCAUUUUGGGACUGAUGGUCUUCCUCAGGUGGAAGAGAAGGAAAGGUCAGCACACUAAAGCCACAACCCCAGCCAGGGAAUCCUUCCAAAACACGGAGGAGAAAUAUGAGAAUAUGGGGAGUAAACGGCAAUAUGGAGCGCCCAAGCUGAACCCCAAGGAUGAUAUCGUCUAUGCCUCCCUUGCCCUCUCCAGCUCCACCUCACCAGGAGCACCACCCAGCCAGCCUGACCACAGUGGCCCCCAGGAAGAGACUCUGUACUCUGUCUUAAAGGCCUAACCAAUGGGAUGGUCCUCUCAAAACCAAAUGAUGAGGCCAGGCAUGGUAGCUCAUGCUUAUAGUCUCAGCUAUGCAGGAGGCUGAGGCAGGAGUGCUUGAGGCUGGA